AUGACUAAUGGAACUCUUGAUACAUCUUCAACUCCAACAAUUUCUCGCACUGUAUUUCAUGAGGAUGAUUAUACUCAUCCAUGUCAUCCUCUCUAUGUUCAUCCAUCAGAUGUUUUGAGGACCUCGUUAGUAUCCACCCCGUUUGAUGGAACAGGAUAUGGUAGUUGGAGGCGUAAUGUCCUUGUUGCAAUCUCAAUUAGAAACAAACUAGAUUUUAUAAAUGGAAAUUCCCAGAAGCCUUCACCUGUUUCACCUCUUGCCAGACAAUGGCAGAGGUUUAAUGACCUUGUCAUCUCCUGGUUAGUAAACUCCUUGUCUAAGGAAAUAUCUCACAGUGUGGAGUAUUCAGAAUUUGCUAGGGAAAUUCAGCACGAGUUAGAAGAGAGAUAUGGUAAGGCCGAUGGUGUUGAAGUCUUUGAACUUAAGAAAGAGGUAUGUUCUUGUGGGGCUAAGUCUACAGAAGACGAGGAACAAAGGGCUUAUCAGUUUUUGAUGGGUUUGAAUGAUACAUAUGUCCAAACCAGGAGUAAUAUUCUGAUGAUGAAGCCUCUUCCUUCAAUUGGGGCUGUGUAUAGCAUCAUAUUAUCUGAUGAGAAGCAGAGGAAUGUGUCUUCUGGGACUCAGUUUCCUUCUACCUCUGCAUCUUUUAGUGCUGGGGUGUUCAAGCAGGGUUAUCCUUCUAAGGUGAAUUUUGAACCAUCUAAACCAAGUGUCACAUACAAAAACUGUAAGACACCUGGCCGUACUAUAGACAAGUGCUACAAACUCCAUGGUUAUCCCCCAAAUUUCAAGUUUACUAGAUCUCCUAACCUCAGAAAGACUGCUGCACAUGUUGAACUUACCAGUCAUGCUAAAUUUGGGACUGGUGACAUCUUUACUGAGCAUGGUACUCUUUCACAGUCCGAAGAUAUGUCUGAUAUCUCUGGACUUACCAAGGAUCAAUAUUCUCAAUUGACGUUGUUGCUUCAACAAUCACAUCUAUCUCCUUCUCCAUCUACAAGAAGCCGAGAUCCGUCUAAAUCUCGUGCUGAGAAUUCGAUCAAUCCUUCUAAG